AUGACGAUCUCGCCUAUCGACACAUUGGAAGAGUUGUGGAGUUGGGAGAAACGAGAAGACGUUGGAAAUGACUUCACUGAACCUCUUGUACAUUUCAAACCGCAUUCUGGUCCUCAGAUCUUAGUAUGCCACGAUAUGAGAGGAGGAUAUUUGCCUGAAGAGUCAACGGAAGGGAAGCAAUUUGAGAAAGAUAAGUAUCCGUACAUGUUUCUGAAUUGGUGGCAAAUCGAUGUAUUCAACUAUUUCUCGCAUCAUUUCGUGACGAUUCCGCCGUCGGAUUACACUCGAAUCGCUCAUAAACACGGAGUUUUGUCACUGGGAACUUUUAUCACCGAGUGGAAAUCGGGGAAGGAAAUUUGUUCGCGAAUUUUGGAGAACGAGGAAACGAUGGAGAAAACUGUGAAUAGUUUAGUGGCAGUUGCGAAUUAUUAUGGUUUCGACGGAUGGCUUAUAAAUAUUGAAAACGAAAUUGAUGAGGAGAAAAUUGAGUUGUUGAUUUGUUUUUGUGAAAAAUUGACUCAAAAAUCGAAGGAAAAGAAUUUGAAUUCUAAGGUUAUCUGGUACGAUUCUGUGCUUCAUAAUGGAAAGUUGCACUGGCAAAAUGCGCUGAACUCGAAGAAUAAUAAAUUCUAUGAAGCAUGCGACGCAAUCUACUUGAAUUACAACUGGAAAGACGGCGAUCUUUUACGAUCCGCAGAGUUUGGAAUUCUCGAAAAAAUCUUCGUCGGAAUUGAUGUUUGGGCUCGUGGAUGUGUUGGAGAAUUUAAUUGUGAUCAGUCGUUUGCUCUCGCCAAACUGUUUCACAUGUCUGUUGCCCUUUUUGCGCCAGGAUGGAUUUAUGAGAAAUUCGAAGAAGAGAAUCAGAUUCUCAAAGGAAUUCUAUUUUGGUCGAAAAUAUACCCUCAUGUGAAAACCAGACCUCUAACUUCUGCAAGCUUCACAACAAACUUUGCAACAGGAAUGGAUGAAAACUGGCAUUAUCAAUUGGGCAAAAUCCAGCUGCAACCUCAGAGUCUGACUAGUUUCUGCCAUCAAGUCGUUGGAAAAGGCCUCAAACUUUUUGGAAGACAUCGCAAGUUUUUGCUCUUUACAUUCGAUUCAAAUCCAUUCAAGAAAAUCAAAGUAACUUGCAUCUGCAGUCAUCCUAUUGAUCUAGUUUUCAAUAAAACGGAUUUCGCUGUGAAAUCUGAAGAUUCCACGUGGAUUUAUGAGCAGAGUGGAUUCUUGGAGUCGAUUAGUAUUCAAACUGCAAAUCAUGAUGAGACUGUAAUCGAAAGCUUCUGCAUUAUUACUGAAGAAAUAAACAAAUAA